UAUGACGUCACGGCUAAAAUCCUAAUGGCGCACUGCAUGGAAAACUAUUUCCUGUUUGCAGGUUUUUGCUGUUUAUGAAGCAGGAUUUCCGCAGGUGUAGGUGUUAUUGCUUUAAAGACAUCAUCCCUCUCUUGAAGCCUGUGGGCCACAACCAAACUAACCCUAGUAGGACAGCAAUACAUUUUGGCUGUACAGGAUGGAUGGGGAAGUCCACUUGUAUCUGGCCAUGUUUGCCCAUACCCCAGAGAAGACAGGAAAUGAAGCUGAAGAACCAGAAUACAUCAGCAUCGAGGUGGGAGACAUUCUUGAGGUUAAGGGUCCACGUCCAUCUACCAAUGAUACUUGGAUGAAAGGCCACAAUAAAAAGAAAGGCACAACUGGAUUCUUUCCUGGCAACUUUGUGGAAUAUGUAGGUCCUGCGCCAAAAGUAGAACCACCGGCAUUACCAGAUCUGCAUGAAGUGUUGGCGACAGUGUGUCUGCCUGGGCGAAAUCAUGGUGCAGGGCCUGGUAGUAGUUGGGUCCCCUGGCAGCUUACCAACCUGUCAGCACUGGGCUGGUAUAGGGAUCUGCCAGACUCCCCAAUAUAGGGGGCUAGAAGCAGGUCACUCGGACUCUAUACAACUUGUUUACAUCACAUUUGGAGUUCUCUGUUCUCAGAUUAGUACAUACACUAUAUAGAGAUCCUACAGCUUCUAUCUUAUAUUAAUAAACAUGAAAGUCUGUAAAAGG